AAAAAAGUAAAUCAACAGGCCAAAACAAAACAUAGAAGAAUUGCUUCAUAAAAGUGCCCAGAUCAUACAAAAUGACGGCAAGAUUGAUCUUGCAAAGUGAUUGGGAGGAAUCACUAUGGCGCAGUGAAGGCCAAGCUUGGGUGAUGUGCAAAACACCGGGUGAGAAUAGCAUCCAAGGUGAGCUGAAGUCUCAUGGACUUGACAAUAAAGGAAUCCCUCAAAUCGUGGCUUCAGAAGGAUUCAGAGUCCUAGAUGUUACCAAGAGAGCAAUAAGUAUUUCUUAUCCAGAGAAAUCGAUCACCACUAAAUUCAUUGCACCAAGCACUGAGUUUGCAAACGUCCAUAAAAAAGGAGUGAUCAGCAUUGAUGUUUCUUCUGGUGGUGGCCUGGGAGUGUCUUCAGAUUCGUACGAUGUCUUGAGAAUCUGGCAAACAUCAGAUGGCACUGUGCGAAGAGAGUUGAAAGGUCAUGCUGGUGAGGUCAGCACAUGUCGGUUCUUCCCCUCGGGUGUGGUCGUCUUGACUGGUGGACUUGACCUACAAAUCAAGGUGUGGUCGGCUGAAGAUGGAAGCUGCCCAGUUACCAUAAGGGGACACACUGGCGGUGUUACCUGUACUGCUAUAGUAGACAGAGGGCGUAAUGUGGUCACUUGCUCUCGUGAUGGUACAGCAAGAUUGUGGAAUUGUGGUAACUCCAAAUGCUUAGGGAUUCUCUACAAGGGAGCUGAUAUCAUCAACUCCUGCGCCAUCUCUCAAGUCUGUAAUUCUGUUGAUUUAGGAAGUCCUGAACAACCCCCACCUAAUGAGGAAGUUGGUACUGCAGGGAAGUUACUAUUGAUGGCUACUGAAGGUGGAGAUUUAAUAGGCGUUGGAUUACAGAGCAGAAAGAAGGUCUUCCAUGUAAAAGGAUCCUCAGCCUUCAAUUGUUGCACAUUCCUCUCCAGUGAGUUUGUUAUUGCUGGAAGCCAAGAUGGUACUCUACACAUAAUUGAUAUCAGAAAUCACAGUGAGCCAGCUCAAGUUAUCCAGAGGACAUCCUCAUCCAUUCUGUGUCUUCAUAGCUACAAGGAAGGCGUGAUCGCUGGUACAGCCUCACCAUCCAUUCCCAAGGGCCCUCAACGAGGAAAAUCAAACUGUUGAAUCGGAAACCAUACAACUUGUGUCUGGAUAAAGGGAAAAAACCUAGAAGUCCUUCCCCCUUUUACACUCUAGAUAACCUCAUAGCCGGUAGCUUACAUUUUAGCUACAUGUGCUUAUCUGAACAGCUGACUCACCAUACAGAUAUUUAUCUCCAAGAUGUUUUGGUGAGAAAACUUGUAAUUUCACACAUAAUAUUUUAAAUCAUUCUGUCAAACAUUUACAUCUAAGGAAGUAUCCGCAUUGGCGGCUACAGCUACGGCUUACACUGUUGUCUAGGACUAUACUUCAACACAUGACUACAUGGACAUCUAGCUCUAGCUGUAGCUGUUGAUUCAGACAUGGCCUAAGUCUUCUCCCCUCUUCCCAAAUAGACAACCAAAUAAUAUAAAAAGAUGAAUUAAAACAGAAAAGGUAGCCUAACCUUUAAUUUUUUGCAAAAUUUCCCAAAUCUGCAAAACUUCAUAUAUUGCAGAGUUAGGAACUUUGUGAAAAAAAUGUAACCCUAAGUCUCAACAAAAUAAUCCAUCCAUACAUUUUCCAUUGGCAGAACAUGUAGGGCUUCAUUGAUACAUGGUGAAUUCAUCUGCUGCCCUCUGUUGACAGCCCUGUCUAAAUUAUCAGGUUUUGUAUCUAGACAUGGUUUUAGAAACAAGCAGUUUUCAUACAUACAAUCGCAUAGAUAUUUCGAAAAUUUUCAACAAUACAAAGUGGUUUUUCUUUUGCUUACUGAGUAACGUGACACAGUUUUUUUCAAAUUUGGUUUUGAAAUAAAGUAACACGACAAACAAACAACAUUUUGACUUUUCUUGUUGCCAUGAUGUUAAAUUGUGUGUCGUGGUGAGAUGCUAGUUUAUGCAUAGAGUGGGCAGAUGAUGGCUUUUGCAAUCAAACAAAUUAGCCCCAACUGGUUGUGCACUCAUGCUAAGCCGCUCAUCAUCAUCACAACUGCGAUUUGAUCACUGAUCUUUGACUUCAAAUUGCAACAUCGCGUGCAGCCUCCCGUCAGAGGUAAAAUAAUGAAUGUCUUGACAGUAUCAAGACUUGAGUAGUGUAAAUCAAAACAGCUUUUUUUUCCUGUGAUGGAUUUGUAAAAAAAAUCAAUCAUUGCCUAAAGGUUCUUUUUGUAAAAUGUAGGUCAGUACCAGGCAAUUUUGAUUGCAAUAUGGUUUUCUGUUACAAUCAUAAACAGUGUUAACCAUAAGUUAAUUCUAUCUGUGGAAGAAAGUAAGAAAUGAGGGCAGUUCAAUUACUAGUUGGUUUCCAUUCUGGAGAUUAUUCAAACUAAAUUUGCUCAGAGACAGAUUUUUGAAGACAUUACACAGAUUAUUUUGUAAAUAAUUUAUCAUUAAAUGAUGUAAUAUUUCAUGAGUGAGAUGCUGUAAGUUUUAAAUUUGGGGCAAACGGAGUUGCUUUGCCAGGCUGAUGGUUUGUGAGAGCUAAGGACACAGUGUAUCUCCUGGCAGAGGUAUCUGCCACUCAGGUGGUCCUACAUUAACUUAAUAUUUAUUUCAUAUUUCAUACAAUCAACAAUAUUUACUUAACACUAUGAAAUUAAAUUUAAAAAGCUUAUACAGUUCGGAUGAGUCUCAUAAACUGACAGUCAUUAUUUUUCACAGUCAAUUCCAAAUAUGUCUGGGAAUGUUGUGUGCAUUAUGACAAGACAAGUUAUGUGUAAAGAUAAAAAAUUUCAAACUUGUUCAGUGCCAAAAUGUCUGACAUUCUUUUUACCUUUUUAGAUUGUCCUCAAGCUUUUUGGAUUGAAAUAAAAAUGUCAAUAAUAAUAAAAAUUCAUUUCUAUGGCGCCUUGUGAUUAAUACCCCAAGAGGUCUUUCACUUAAAACUAUACAGACUAGGCAAUAAAAAAAUACUUAAAAUAAAUUGAAAAAUCACUUAAAGUGAACAGAUAGCAGCCAAGUACUUGCACAGAAAGCAAACUAAACUAAACGUAAGUUAAAAAGAAAACAAAACAUCUAAAUAGCAAAAAGUUAGCAUUUAAAAUGAUCAGUUUUUCAGGAAAAGUUUUUCUUUUUCUUAGUCUGUGGCCCCGCUACGUAGACAACACCUUUGUCGCGCGAUCAGGACUCUCCAUGAAUUUCUAAGGAAAAUAGAAUAAACGCUUUGUGUGUGUGUGAUACUUUGGGAGCAAUCUUUGUGUAGAGAUCAUAGUUUGAGUGGGCAGGCAGUGGUGUACGUGCGGAUUGUCUUUUAUCAAAGAGAAAUUCCAGUCAUUUAUCUGUCACGUAAUGGCAGGCGCUCAUAUAUGUAAUUUGAAACCAGGAAGGUUAAGUUGUUAUCUGAUGUUAACCUCUCCCUGAACUUGGCCAGACUCGGUUUAUAUAACAAGCCAUUCUCACUCUCUAUUCUCAUCUGAAAUUAGGAUAGCUGCAUAAUGCAGGAUGCAGUGCUUUAUGAGGAAGGUUCUUGUGAGAAAACUGUCUAUUUUUGAUGUCAGGGUUUGAUGGAGAGGUGUCUUGAAUGAAUGGCCCUGUGUAAAUAGUCUUAGUUUAGUCAUUCAGAGCAGCUCAUCAGGAAGGGGAAUUUGUCGGUCAAAGGGGGCGGCUUGCACUUCAAUUUAAACCCUUCGUCGUGGAUGUGUUUCUGAAAGCGGUGUGUCUGUACUUUUUUGGAGUGCCUAUAUAUUUUUUUGUAAUGCUUUUCAGAUGGGUUAGGGGAUUUUUAUUUAUCAAAUAAUAAACCAUAAGGGAAACUGACCGGUUGAAUUUUAAAAGAUUUGUGGUUGAACAAAG